GUCAAUGAUAUUUAGUUUAAUUUAUUAAUAUUGUAAAAUAAAAUUAAUUAACUAUAAGCGCAACUCUCUCGGACAUAUCCAAUUAUAGAAUAAUGGAAAACGUUUUGUACAAUGGAGCACAUGAAGAAUCCUGAUAAUACACUCAUCAAUCGAUAUAAAGGUAGUGGUUGGUGGAGGAUAGGCAAUGAACCUGCGUACUCCUCGUCGCCGUAUCUCUCCGCGAACCAAACGACGGUACCGGGCGAUAAAGGACUUUCUAUGGCGUGCUCUAGGCAAUUCCUCGCAGCAAAACAUCAAAAUAAAUUCCAGUAUUGCUAUUAAUGUAACAGAUUUGAAACACAAAAUAGUAGGUUUAGAAAAACAAUUAAGUAAUGUCAGCAAGCAACUGAUAAGAGUUGAGAGUAGUUCCAGGCAAGAAUCUAGCAUAUCCAUUCCAGAAAUUAGAAAUAAUAUAUCAGAAACAAAAGAAGAACAAGCUGAGGCUUCUUGUGAAAGAAAUUCAAAUGGAGUUGAAACUAAAGUUUUGUAUAAGACAUCCGAAAGUCAAUAUAGAAAAUCAGAUGACAGUGAAAGCGUAUCGAUACUAGAUCACAAUGACAAUAAUGUAAAUGUAAACGCGAAGAAGUUUUUAACACAGGGUGAUAAAUAUUCCAGAUCAAAACUAAGGAAGAAUAGGGAUAAAAUAAUCAAUAGAUCAAACGCAACGGAAGAAUGCCACCCAGAUAUACUUCAUCAUAAAACUAGAUCGGUAUAUGAUAACUUUGUCACAGCAUACUCAACUAGCAGUUAUCAUUCACUCAUUGAACCGAAAUGUAAUGGAUAUAUUUACAAUGACCAACAAAAUCGAAAGUAUAAUAGCAAAUAUGAAAGACAACGCGAUGCUCCCGAGUUCUUUAAUGAAAUCCCAAAAAAGUUAAAAGAUCAACACAAAAGAAUCAAACCACAUAAAUCUAUGUACAUUUAUGAGGAUCUUAAACGUGAUAGAAGCCGUAGAGACACACAUGAACGUGAAGUGGAUAGGGACUUUAUUGCAGACCUUAUAAGAAAGCAAUAUAAACAAACGAGAAUAUUUGGUAAACGAGAAUCGGAUAUCAGUCAAUUCUCUGCUCCUGUUUGCCGUGAUCAAGAAUAUACUAUAAACGAAAAUAUUCUAGAAGGCUCAGAAUUAUGUUCCUGCUGCUACGAUGGACGAAGAAGGGUUAAAUACGUGCACGAGAAUGAUCUCAAUGAUAUGCGAAGUAUAUGCGAUACGCGGUUGUACAGUUCGAAGAGAAAUACACGACAUAAAUACCAUAGAAGAUAUGUUAAUAAUUAUAAUGAUUCCACACUUUACGAUUUAAUUCCAGUCAAGGAAAAGUCAAGUCCAAAAUCCAGGAGAAAAUUCAUAGAAGAUUCUCAAUACUAUAAGGAGGUACCUCCGUCACCGCGAACUCUUAGACCACGAUUAAAUUUAAAAGCGCAGUACUCUAACGAAAUAGAAGAUGAAGCAACUUACAAUAAACGUAGGAAUAGAAGAAGACGACAAGACUAUGGAGAUACUCCAGACAGUAAUGAAUCCAUUGGAUUAACUAACAACCAGAAACAAUUACAAAAAUUUCAUCAAUCUGAUAAAAUCAACCAAAUACAACAAGGUAUGGAUACAAUGAGUAGUCUACAAUCCCCAAUUUCUAACAAUGAACAAGGCAAUGGUACUACAAACGACAUAUCAUUAAAUAAGUCACAGGAAUCGGACUCAUGUGCUGACAAAACGGACAAAGCUCUGUGUGAAAUAAAAGAAAUACUUCAAAGUUUUUUACAGGAAAUAAAGAAAGAAUCUAUCUCACAAUGUGGUAAAUCUGAAAUAAGUAAUAAAUCUGGAGAGAAACGACUGAAUGAUUGCCAAAAUGGAAGUAAAAUAAAUGCUGGUAUGAUAAAAAAUAACAGUGAAAUCGGUAUAAAUAACUUUAGCAUGUCACCAAGUAGUUUACCACCAGUUUCACCUUUUAUACCAGCGUUUACGAAUCCGUGUUGUUACCCACUACUACCUCUAUAUCCUAUGAACUACAUGCAAAAUGGCUACGUCGUGCCAAGCCCAAGUUACACGUGUGCUAAUUGCACAAACAAUAAAGAAGAAGUUCAUGAAAAUAACCAGAAUACUACAAACGAUACAUUUAAUACCACUGCUAACAACGAAACUGAUCAAUUAAUAAAAGAAAUUUAUAAUCUCGUUACGCAAAGUCCUAAAAGUGGACGUAAAAAAGACAAUUGCGAUAGAAGCAUUAAAGUUCGAAAUGAGAAUACAGUAUCAAAAAUGCUGACUUCAAGAAGCGUCGGUGGUAGCUCUAAAAUGUCUAAACAUGAUGUUAAGGUUGGAACGCCAAAAAUUAAAUGCUAUUCCAAGAGUUGUGAAGCUAUCGGUUCCCCACACUCGGAUACGUAUUACUCUCGAACAAACUCGAGCUAUUCAGACACUGUAUUAGAGAAGCUUAGUUUAGAAGCCACAGCAACGGAUACUGUAUUAGAGACCGAGAUCAGCAGUGAUCCAACUACAAUAAAAAAGGGCAAAGGAAGCAAAUUCGCAAAUGUGUUGCGAUCAUUUGGGUUUCUCAAAAAGAAGAAGAAUGAUGCAAUAGAAGAAUUAAGUGAGAGCGAAAGUACAAUAGAAGUAGAUGUAAAGAAGAAGUCACCGUUUAGGCAAGAGGUGACCAAUUACAUGAUGCAAGGACAGGAAUACUUUCAUCAGCCACCUAUACCAUCGGCUACCCAACAAUAUCAAAACCCUCAGUUCCAUCAACAUUGCAAUGACUAUUCGCAUUGUUGCGGCCCUAAUUACAUUGGUUAUCAAAGUCCCAUAUUAUCACCAUAUAAAAUACACAGUACUCAUAGAGAACAUGAAAAUUUACGCCAUCAUCAUCACUAUUCACCACAGGAGCCUACAGCUCCUUAUCCAAACUCUUUCCACAACUACCCCCAAAUGCAAACACAAGUUCCGUUGUGUCUCAAAGAAAUAGAAGUGAAAAACAUUGCGACCCAAAGCGACAGAAAAAUGGCAUUCUUUAAGAAGCUUACUAAGAGAAUGCAGCCGCCAACAACGCAAAGCGAAGAGGAUCCUCAGAAAAACUGCUCCACCCAGACUGCUAUGGACAAACCUGUCUUGUUUAACUGGAAGAAUUUGCAGGCCAAACAGAACGUGACUUUUAAGAAUGACCCAUUGAAGUUUUCGCAUAAAACACAAAAAGAAUUAGCGAAUGGUGACGCUAACAUGAGAAACGCAAUGCUGAAAAAGCUAUUUUAUAAGAGAAACCCUUUUUCUCCUAGGAACUUAAUCGUGAGGACGCUGCUUGGGAAAGACAAGUCUAGUUUCGGCGACCCACCAAUGAUGUAUCGACCUCGAAUGUUCUUCUGAGUGAACAGCGUUAAUGUGCAUGUGUAAUAAAAUGUGAAAAUUGAUUAGUUAUUUGUCCUAUAUUGUAACUUGUAACAUUAAAAUGUUGU